AUGUUUAGCAAACCGGCCUUUCUUGUUCUUAUCCUCUCUUUCCUUUGUCUCCCAUACAUUCAAUCCUUGACCCGGUUCGUCAAAGUUCUGGGCUUCUUCCGAGAGAAAAACAGCACCAUCGUACAGGAUCCCAGCCAUCUCAUUUUGAUUAACGACACCAUUCAAUGCGAGGAUAUUCACUUCGAAAAACAAAGUGGCAAGCUCUUUUUGGCCUGCGAGGGUAGCUACGAAGGCCGGUUCGAAUGGUUCCCACCCUUGGCCAAUUUUCAUGACCCGUCCUUGGCCGCCAAGAGUACUGGGUCAAUCCACGUCGUCGAUCCUGAGUUGAAGCAGUCUCAACGUCUGAAGUUAACAAACUUCAAAGGACCUUUCAAUACUCAUGGCAUUGACGUCAUCCCGGAUCAAGAGUCGGUAGAGGCCGCCGUCUAUAUAUUCGCUGUCAACCACCCUCCAAACUUGGAGAAAUGCCCUGAUGCCCGGGAAUUGAAAGGAUGUGACGCAAGCGCGGCUUCGAGAAUCGAGAUAUUCCACCAUGUCAUCGGGUCUGAUGUGGCCACACACCUACGGUCCGUUCAGCAUCCACUUAUUUCCACGCCCAACGAUAUUCUAGCUCAAAACCCUCACUCUUUCUAUGUGACAAACGAUCAUUACUACAAAGAAGGCGCUCUGCGCUUCUUGGAGGUCGUGUACUGGGGCGCAAGAUGGUCGACCACCGUGUUUGUCGAGUUAGACUCUCUCACUUCUACCAACCCCACAGCAGAUGUCAAGGCGCAAGUCGCGGUGAGUGGUAUCCAUAACCAAAAUGGGCUUGGUAGGGGCAAAUCUGGAGAAAUUCUGAUCGGCUGUGCUGGGAGAGGUGUUUUGGAGGUGGGAAAGGCAUCAUCCGAGAACCCUGCCAUUCAAGUUGUCUCGUCCAUCAAGGUCGAUUCAACUAUCGACAAUCCCAGCUACUUCGUUGACCCAUAUGCAAAUUCGACCUUUGACGCCAGCGGCUACGUCCUCGCAGGGUUAUCACGGGCUGCUGACCUUCCCAAGACGACGACGGAUCCAAACGGGAGUGACGGGUCCAUGGUGUGGUACAUCCCAUCGCGGCAAGGGGCUGCGGAAUCAAGCACAAUGAGCCCUAGGUUGUUGUUUGAAGACGACGGGGAGCGAAUCCGAUUUGCGACGGCUGCUGUCAUGGUUGCUAUCGAUCCGAAGCUGGAAGACGGGCAGCGGUGGGCGUGGCUCUUUGUGACGGGAGCGUUUGCGAGGAGCGUGUUGGCUGUCAAGAUCAACUUGGAGAAUGUGGCAUGA